CUAUAUGGCUGCGAAACGACCAGUGAGAGUACAUUCUACACAUCCACCGAGCAGAUAAAAUAUCACAUGAUCGCAUCCACCUAUCUUCGCUCAAAUACCACGUGCAUCAAUAAUCACAGAGCGUCGCCUUCGCUGGUUAGGGCAUGUUCUCCGUCGCCCACUACAGGAGUUGACAUACAACAAGGAACACAAAGGCGUCAAGGAUUAGUUUGCACAAAUUGUCGUGGUACCAACACAACAUUAUGGAGGCGUAAUGCUGAAGGAGAACCUGUCUGCAAUGCUUGUGGUCUCUAUUAUAAAUUGCAUAAUAUACAUCGACCACCCUCAAUGAAAAAAGAAGGCACUCUACAAACAAGGAAACGAAAGCAAAAAACUGAUAACUGUUUACGGCAACAGCCUAGCAAUAAAAAAAUGGUUAAUGCUGUUCGAUUUAUGAAGAAUACUCGUCAAAUGCCCGGUAAAAUUCAUUUAUCCAAAAUGAUGCUAUAUUCUUCAGCAUAUGAAAAUCCAUUCCAAAUUGAAAUGGCUCAAUCAGAAUCAAAUAUUCUAGAAACAAAUGCUUAUGGUAUUAUACCGGCCGCAGGAAAUUUUAGUGAAGAUGGUAGCAACAUUUGGGCAACACCUUAUACAGGAAGUGAUUUUCAAGGUUAG